UCUGUUUGGCUCGGCCUCUGUUCGUCGUCUGCUUCUCCCAACCCAGCAUCAUACCGGCUCGACAACAGCACCAAAUCAACCACAGCACCAAAUCAACCCCCGCCACCAAAAGCAUCGACCCCCAGGGCAUUCCCCCACACCAACAUGGACACCGGUAACGCCCAGAAGAGGUGGAUCCUCGAAAACAACAUCACCACCGUCGAUGCCAACGACGCCAUCUACCACUACGACCGUGCCGCCAUCCAGGCCCAGCUCAACGCUCAUCCCUGGACCAAAGACCCACAUCACUUCAAAAAAGUGAAGAUCUCGGCAGUGGCGCUCAUCAAGAUGGUCAUGCACGCUCGAUCCGGCGGCAACAUCGAAGUCAUGGGCUUGAUGCAAGGCAAGAUCCAGGACGACACCAUGAUUGUCAUGGAUGCAUUUGCUCUCCCGGUCGAGGGCACCGAGACCCGAGUCAACGCUCAGGCCGAAGGAUACGAGUACAUGGUUGCCUACAACGAGACCAUCAGCCAGGUCGGCCGCCUGGAAAACAUUCUUGGCUGGUACCACUCGCACCCGGGAUACGGAUGCUGGCUCUCGGGUAUCGACGUUGGCACGCAGAUGCUGAACCAGAAGCACACCGAGCCCUUCUUGGCUGUUGUCAUCGAUCCUACACGCACCAUGUCUGCUGGCAAAGUCGAGCUGGGUGCCUUCCGAACGUAUCCACAGGGAUACAAACCCCCGGAUGAGGGCCCCUCUGAGUACCAGACCAUCCCACUGAACAAAAUCGAAGACUUUGGCGUCCACUGCAAGCAGUACUAUCAGCUGGAGGUGUCGUACUUCAAGUCGUCGCUGGACAGCCAUCUGCUCGAGCUUCUGUGGAACAAGUACUGGGUCAACACGCUCUCAUCGUCUUCGCUCCUUGCGAACCGCGAAUACAAUGCUCGCCAAAUCUCGGAUCUGGCCCAGAAGAUCGAGCAGGCAGAUUCGGCCCUGUCGCAGAAGCUGGGCGGCUCCUACUUUGGUGGUGAGCGCAAGAAGGGCCAAUCGGACAAUCCACUCACCAAGGCAACGAAGGACAGCUCAACAAUCUCUGUCGAGAUCAUCCAUGGGCUGUUCUCGCACGUCCUUCGAGACGCGCUCUUCAACUGCAAGCACUCGGUGUGAACGAGGGGCGGGUGGAAUUCGGAUCGGAUUGGAUUGGAUUGGAUUGGAUCGGCGAGGACCUGUUCUGUAUCAGGAGCUUUAUCGUUGAACAGCGGCCAGAUCCUGCCACAUGGCCAUAUCGAU